AUGUACACUAACGAUGCCGAAGAUUACGUCCACAAGGUGUGCGCUUCAGAAAAAGCAGACUACAGUGAAAACUUUGAUUCAGAUUCAGAAGUCCUUGCUCAGUUUGGGAAGUCAAAACAGGAUAGCUGUUCCUCCUCUGUCCGGGAUCGGAAAGUUGAAGGAGAUCAACCGAAAUCUGCCUGUACCAUACGAAAUGAGGAUAGGAAAUCCCGACCGAAAAGAUCCAAGCAUUCGCUAACAUCAAUCAAAGCUCCGAUGAUUAAAAAAACAGUCACUACGAGUCUGAACCCGCAAAUCUCGGCAGUUGAUCGAUGGGAAGCGGCUCAAGUUGCCCUGGCCGAGGCGAACAGUCAAAAUGCGUUGCUUCAACGACAACUGAAAGAGUGUCGUUUGGAAUUACGCACAGUUCAGCGACAAUGUAAAAUGCAAUCGGCUCGGUUGAAUAAAGCGAUUGGUCAGGAAGCUGAUUUGCCACAAAUCAUCGAUCGUCUAACGGCUGAUAUUCGUGCGUUGCAAAUUCGAUUACGAGAAAAAACUGCUCAGUGUGAUGCCAGUCAUCGUCGUAUCAGUGAACUACAGCAUCGGAUUUAUGUGCUCGAGAAAGAUCGUGAGGAACAUCAAGCUCAGACUAAUACAGAUGAGGCUAUGCAACGACGUAAUGCGGCCCGAUUGGAAGAGACUUUGGUCGAAUUGCAAGCGGAGAAGAAGAAAUCCUCGAUGCUAGCACAUCAACUGGAAGUGGCCACAAGAAGUCAAAAGCAUCAAAAUCUCUUGGCUCAUGAACAGAUACGUCAACUGCGCCGUAAUUGUCGUGAUUUGGAAAAUCAGUUGAGCGAACGAACACAACUGCUCCAGGUAGAGUUCUGA